AUGGACACUGUCAUCAACGGAAUGGACGUCGUAGCACUGAUUGACACGGGGGCAACAGCGUCUAUUCUGUCAGAGAAAGUCGUGAGUAAGUGGCCUGUCGAGGCCCAGGCUGGUAUAACCAAAUCUGAUGUCCGGGUUCACCUCGCCGAUGAAAAGGACUUGACAGUAAUCGGAGAGGUACGAGCAGAACUCCAGUUGGGAGGUCAACUAAUAGCACACAAGUUCAUCAUAGCUGAUGUCAGCAAUGACGUGCUACUGGGGCUUGACUUUCUACGGGAGGAGAAUUGCAUUAUAGACAUCAACGGGAAGAGUCUGAAGUGGAGGGGGACUGAACUCUCCCUAAGGGAUACAGCGGAGCCACUGCAGUGUUGCCGCGUGACUGUGCAGGAAACAGUUGUUGUCCCACCACAGACUGAGAUGGUUAUAGUCGGGAGCCUUGGCGAAAGUGACGUAGGUGUGGCCUAUGGGUUAAUAGAGCCAACACCUGGAAUGGUGCAAAGAGAGAACCUCAUUGUGGCCUCAUCACUCGUGAGCACGACUGAAGAGACAGUGCCAGUGAGACUGUGGAAUCCAACCAGUGACCAUGUGACCCUCUACAAGGGUGCCACAGCAGGGACAUUCCUGACAGUGGAUGCAGUAGGGCCCGCCAUUGACACAGAAUCCGAUCGGACAAAUGUGAUAGAGCGCGUUAACUUGGUCUCUACAGCUGAAAGCGAAGCAGGCUACCAGGACGUAGAAGUUGCGGUACCAGCUCAUCUUCAAAAUCUUUAUGAGCAAGGCUCUAAAGAGAUAGACGCCGGGCAAAGAAUGCAACUCAAAGAAUUGCUGGUCAGCCGGACAUUUGACGAACAUCUUGAACGCCUGCAGCAGAUACUGGCCCGCAUUCAGGAAGCUGGAUUAAAACUUCAGCCGAAAAAAUGCCAUGUGCUGCAGCGACAGGUUUCCUACCUAGGUCACAUUGUGUCAAACGAGGGCGUCAAGACAGAUCCCGAAAAAGUUCAGAAAGUACAGAAUUGGCCAGUCCCGAGCAACUUACACGAAGUCCGUAGUUUCCUCGGUCUCGCGUCCUAUUAUCGCCGCUUUGUGCCAAGUUUCGCUGAGCUGGCCAGACCCCUCCACAGACUUACUGAAAAGGGCAAUGCUUUUGUCUGGUCCAAUGAAUGUCAGGUGGCGUUUGAUGCUCUGAAGCUUCGACUGAUCUCCUCGCCAGUCCUUGCGUAUUCUUCAGCGACCGGCGAAUUCAUCUUAGACACAGACGCCAGCGAUUAUGGAAUCGGGGCCGUAUUAUCACAAAGACAGGACGGAACUGAAAAGGUCAUAGCUUACGCCAGUAGAGCCUUAACGAAAAGCGAAAGAAACUACUGCGUAACGAGGAAGGAACUGCUCGCACUGGUGUUCUUCGUAAAGCACUUCCGGCCUUACCUGUAUGGACAGAGGUUCAAGCUCCGGACGGACCACGGUGCGUUAAGAUGGUUAUUUGGAUUCAAGGAACCCGUUGGGCAGGUGGCGAGGUGGCUUCAGGUUUUGGCGGAGUACGAUUUUCAGAUCGAACACCGACCCGGGCGCAGGCAUGGGAACGCGGACGCCAUGUCCAGGAUGCCGUGCAGGCAGUGUGAAUGGGUUCCUGGUGAAGUCACUGAUCAUGAUGAGGUAAAGAGUGACUGCCCCACUACCGAAGUACUGUUGCCAUCUAAGCCAGGAAUGGAGCCUUCAGCAAAUGACCAGCAGACGGACAUGCCACAAAGUAAGGAAGGAAGCAGCAGUCCAACAAGGGAACUGUCGAUAAGGCUUGCCGUUGCCCGGGUUGUGGAGCCAAACUGGCUGCAAAGCAUGACCACUCAAACGUUGCGCAAACAGCAAUUACAAGAUCGAAGCCUUGGGAUGAUUAUCAGGUGGAUCGAGUCGAAAGAACCAAAACCAAAAUGGACAGAAGUCUCUCCGGAGAGCGCCGAGUUAAAGAGCAUGUGGGGUGCCUGGGAUCAACUUUGCCUUCGGGAGGGUGCAUUGCACAAGAAGUGGGAAGACGAUACCGGCGAUGAAGUCCGUUACCGCCUUGUCGUACCCCGAAAACUGCAAAAGGAAGUUUUGCAACAGCUACAUAACUCACCGACUGGAGGGCACCUUGGUGCCAAGAAGCUGUACGAGAAGGCGAAAGCAUGA